CUCUAUUCGGUCACAAAACAAUGCAAUAUUCCGCGGAGCAGUGAAUUUAUCCGAAAAUAACAUUCCGUGCCCAAAGCUUUGGAGGCCAAAUACCAGGAAGCUAAACUCAGCUUUGGCCCAAAUCCGAAAGAAACCGAAUAAAAACUAUUUCGCGAUCUACACAAUCGAAUAGUGACAAACCAAAGAAUCCUAUUGAUUUUGGGGCUGCAAUUGUGCAUUAAAUAUUAAGCGAAAAACGAGGGCUGGUCGCGUGGCAGCCAGUGGCAAAUUGUUGCUCCUGCGGCACAGGACACCUGGACACAGGAUGCGGGAAAACCAGCGUAGUGAAACCCUGAGGAUUGGUUAGGACUGGAGGAGCAACUGGACUGUUGAAGAACUGGGCUGAGGGGAACACGAAAGCCCACUGAAUAUUUCCACUUAUAUUUCGGGGCGUGUGUGUGCCAAAGCGUAGCUAAAUAACCACAACAAUGGCCAACAGCAGUCGAAGUCGGGCCAUUUUGAGCGUUAAUCUUGAUGCGGUCAUGGCCAACGAUCCGUUGAGGGAGCUCUUCGAGGCCUGCAAAACGGGCGAGAUCGCCAAGGUGAAGAAGCUUAUAACGCCGCAGACUGUAAACGCAAGGGAUACGGCGGGACGCAAAUCCACGCCACUGCAUUUCGCAGCGGGUUAUGGACGCCGGGAAGUGGUCGAAUUCCUGCUGAACAGCGGCGCCUCCAUCCAGGCCUGCGACGAAGGCGGUCUGCAUCCAUUGCACAACUGCUGCUCCUUUGGCCACGCCGAGGUAGUGCGAUUGCUGCUAAAAGCGGGCGCCAGCCCGAACACCACCGACAACUGGAACUACACUCCCUUGCACGAGGCAGCCAGUAAGGGCAAGGUGGACGUGUGCUUGGCCCUGUUACAGCAUGGAGCAAACCACACGAUCCGGAACUCGGAACAAAAGACACCACUAGAACUGGCGGAUGACGCGACGCGUCCUGUUUUGACCGGCGAAUAUCGCAAGGAUGAACUGCUUGAAGCCGCUCGAUCGGGGGCAGAGGAUCGUCUUCUGGCCCUGCUCACACCCCUCAAUGUUAACUGUCAUGCCAGCGAUGGACGACGUUCCACACCGCUCCAUCUCGCAGCCGGUUACAAUAGGAUAGGCAUCGUGGAGAUCCUGUUGGCCAACGGGGCGGAUGUACAUGCUAAGGACAAGGGCGGCUUGGUUCCGCUACACAAUGCCUGCUCCUACGGACACUUUGAUGUGACCAAACUGCUUAUUCAAGCGGGCGCCAAUGUGAACGCCAACGAUCUGUGGGCUUUUACGCCGCUUCACGAGGCCGCCUCCAAGAGUCGCGUCGAGGUCUGUAGCCUGCUGCUCAGUCGCGGAGCGGAUCCCACCCUCCUCAACUGCCACAGCAAGUCGGCCAUCGAUGCGGCGCCCACCAGGGAACUGAGAGAGCGGAUAGCAUUCGAGUACAAGGGUCACUGCCUGCUGGACGCAUGUCGAAAGUGCGAUGUGUCCCGUGCCAAGAAGCUGGUAUGCGCUGAGAUUGUCAACUUUGUGCAUCCCUACACAGGAGACACUCCGCUCCACUUGGCCGUUGUUUGUCCGGAUGGGAAGCGCAAGCAGCUAAUGGAACUGUUGACUAGAAAAGGAUCGUUACUUAAUGAGAAGAACAAGGCAUUCCUCACGCCCCUUCAUCUGGCCGCCGAGCUGCUCCACUACGAUGCCAUGGAGGUUCUGCUGAAGCAGGGCGCCAAGGUUAAUGCAUUGGAUAGUCUGGGGCAAACGCCACUGCAUCGAUGUGCCCGUGAUGAGCAGGCUGUUCGCCUGCUGCUCUCCUACGCCGCAGAUACGAAUAUUGUUUCGCUUGAGGGACUUACAGCCGCGCAAUUAGCAUCGGACAAUGUGCUAAAGCUGCUCAAGAAUCCGCCGGACAGUGAGACCCAUUUACUGGAGGCGGCCAAGGCGGGCGACUUGGAUACUGUGCGUCGCAUAGUGCUCAACAAUCCGAUCUCGGUCAACUGCCGGGACUUGGAUGGACGACAUUCCACACCUUUGCACUUUGCUGCUGGGUUCAAUCGUGUGCCAGUGGUACAGUUUCUCUUGGAGCACGGUGCCGAAGUUUAUGCGGCUGACAAGGGCGGACUGGUACCCCUGCACAAUGCCUGUUCUUACGGACACUACGAAGUAACAGAACUGCUGGUAAAGCAUGGAGCCAAUGUAAAUGUUUCGGAUUUGUGGAAGUUUACACCUCUCCAUGAAGCUGCCGCCAAGGGAAAAUACGAUAUUUGCAAAUUGCUCUUGAAGCAUGGUGCUGAUCCCAUGAAGAAGAAUCGCGAUGGAGCCACGCCAGCAGAUUUGGUUAAGGAAUCCGAUCACGACGUUGCUGAGCUGUUGAGAGGACCAUCAGCCCUGUUGGAUGCAGCAAAGAAAGGGAAUUUGGCACGAGUUCAGCGAUUGGUUACUGCAGAAUCUAUCAACUGCCGGGAUGCGCAGGGCAGGAAUUCCACACCACUUCAUCUUGCCGCUGGAUACAAUAACUUUGAGUGUGCCGAGUAUCUUCUAGAAAAUGGGGCGGAUGUUAAUGCGCAAGAUAAGGGCGGACUUAUACCACUGCACAAUGCCAGCAGCUAUGGGCAUUUGGAUAUUGCAGCGCUGCUGAUCAAGCACAAGACGGUGGUCAAUGCCACGGAUAAAUGGGGAUUCACACCACUCCACGAAGCUGCACAGAAAGGACGGACUCAGCUGUGUUCGCUGUUAUUGGCUCAUGGCGCCGAUGCGUACAUGAAGAACCAGGAGGGACAAACUCCAAUCGAACUGGCCACGGCGGAUGAUGUUAAGUGCUUGCUGCAGGAUGCUAUGGCCACCUCGUUAAGUCAACAAGCGUUGAGUGCUUCUACGCAAUCACUGGCAAGUACUUCACCGGCGCCAGAUGCAGCUGCUGCAGGAGCAGGCACGUCUUCGUCGUCCUCGUCCGCAAUACUCUCGCCCACCACGGAAACGGUGUUGCUGCCCACCGGUGCCUCCAUGAUUCUCAGUGUUCCUGUACCACUUCCCCUGUCCAGUAGCACGCGCAUCAGUCCCGCCCAAGGAGCCGAAGCCAAUGGCGCUGAGGGCGGCUCCUCGGAUGAUCUGCUGCCGGACGCGGAUACCAUAACGAACGUAUCCGGAUUCCUAAGCAGUCAGCAGCUGCAUCAUCUAAUCGAACUGUUCGAACGAGAGCAAAUCACCUUAGACAUUCUAGCCGAGAUGGGACACGACGAUCUCAAGCAGGUGGGCGUAUCGGCCUACGGCUUCCGACAUAAGAUACUCAAGGGAAUCGCCCAGCUGAGGUCCACCACAGGCAUUGGUAACAACGUGAAUCUGUGCACUUUGCUGGUGGAUCUGCUGCCGGAUGACAAGGAGUUUGUGGCCGUCGAGGAAGAGAUGCAGGCUACGAUACGCGAACAUCGGGAUAAUGGUCAGGCUGGAGGUUAUUUUACUCGCUACAAUAUCAUUCGGGUGCAAAAAGUACAGAACCGAAAGCUGUGGGAGCGGUAUGCACAUCGGCGACAGGAGAUUGCCGAAGAGAAUUUCCUUCAGUCCAACGAGCGAAUGCUCUUUCACGGAAGUCCCUUUAUCAACGCGAUCGUACAGCGCGGAUUCGAUGAGCGUCACGCCUAUAUUGGUGGCAUGUUCGGGGCUGGCAUUUAUUUCGCCGAGCACAGCUCGAAGAGCAACCAGUAUGUCUAUGGAAUUGGCGGCGGCAUUGGGUGUCCCUCGCACAAGGACAAGUCAUGCUACGUGUGUCCCAGACAAUUGUUGCUGUGCCGAGUUGCCUUGGGUAAAUCCUUCUUACAGUAUAGCGCCAUGAAAAUGGCUCACGCACCUCCAGGACAUCACUCUGUGGUGGGAAGACCCUCAGCGGGUGGCCUGCAUUUCGCCGAAUACGUUGUCUAUCGGGGUGAACAGUCUUAUCCGGAGUACUUGAUAACCUACCAAAUCGUAAAGCCCGAUGACAAUAGUAGCGGGACGGAGGAUACAAGAUGAUGGAUGCCCUCUGUCGGGUCCACGCCCACAACCACAUCGCCAGCGCUGCACCAGUCGCAAUCACAGUAUCACUCUCAUCAGCAGCCGCAGCAGCAGCAGCAGCAGCAACCACAACCACAACAACAGCAGAAGCCACCGCUGCCGUUGCCACCGCCACAACAGCAGACCUCAGCUCCAGUUGCCAAGAGGCGGCCCAAGCAUGCCAAACCGUCGCUGCAGUUGCAGUAUCAACACUAUCAGCCCCAGCACCACUCGGUGGUUGCCUCUGCGACUGCAGUAACCACCACCCAACCAGCGCCCGCUGGCGUCUUCGCACAUAGCAAUAAUAACAACAAUACAAGCAGCGGAAAUGUGAAUAAUAACAACAAUGACAUGUCGCCGGUAUCAAAUAGCAAUAGCUAUUCCUCGGUGGACACCAACCAGACGCUGCUCAAUUCGCUAGCCAACCAGCAGCGCAACCAUCGACAACAGCAGCAACAUAAUCAUCAUCAUCAGCAGCAGGCGAAUCGCAGCCAAAAGUAUAGUCAAUUUAUGAUCAUAACACCCGCCGUUUCCAUAGACCGUGACUUUGAGUACGAGUCGCACUUGGACUUUGAGGAUUUCGCCAAUGCGGCCCACAACAAUGGGAAUCUCUUCCGGUUGGGAUUGCGGCGAAGCGAUAGCAGCAGCGAUGACAGUGGCCACAGCAGCGACAGCAGCAGUUUUCGCUCAAAUUACAAUCCGUACUUGCACCACAGUCGCCAGCAUUUACUGUCCAAAAAUGGAAAUGGUGGUGGCGGUGCAGGUCGUCACUUUUACGCCUUCACCUCGUCGUGGCGAUGGUGCAGUCUUCUGUGCGCCGCCAUGCGCUGCUUUGGUGCCGGUGGGGCUGGUCACGGGAAUGCUCCGUACAGUAGUUCGCUGCAACAUCACCGACUAAGACGUUGUUCGUCGUAUAAUGCAGAGAAUGCCUACGAGCAUUUUGCGGCCCCCUUCAAGGCGCGAAAGUCGCGCGAUCACAUGAACAACAUCACCUACGAGUUGUGACUGUGACGGUGGUACGACAUGCUGGUGGUUAUUGAUCUCUUUGACUCCGUUGGCCUCCCGUCUAUUUUAUUACAAUUACUAGCUAUAGAUGUCGUGUCCUGUGUGUCUCUCUCUCUCUCUCGUUGUUUAUUAUAUUACUCUAUAAUAUAUCACGUAAGGGCGAGCUAGCGAGAUUGGUUCGGAACGGAUCAGAUCGGAUUGAAUUGGAUUGGAUUUGGGUUAAUCAAAAGUGGAACACAGUUUUUGAGUGAUUUUAAUUCGAAAUACGGAAAAUGCGAUUAUACGAGGUUACAAGUUCUUUAUCGAUGAAUGCAUUACAUUACAUUACGCUCGCGCGUUUAUUUAAGUGUUUAAGCUUAGUUAAUUUAAACAAUAAUUAAAACUCCAAUUAAAUUUAAAUAUACAAAUACAUAUACAUCAAAUGGAA